GGCGUCCAAGACUGUCACUUUGCUGCCGGGCGUCGUACCACACCGGUGUUGGACGCUGGAGCGCGGCUGGUCCGGCCGGUUCUUCAGGAGGUUCUGGAGACCCUAGUCGAGGGCCCAAGGAAGACGUGGGCUCAGGGCCCGCUUUGCGUACGCCGUGACCGCGGGCCGACGCCCCCCUCCAGCCUCAGUUUCUCCGGGUGUAGUGUGGGCGGCCUCGUGGAGCCUUCGGGCGGCGCCCGGAGCCACGUGCUCGUCCGUCUCCGGGCCAACCCCGGAGGCGACUCCCUGAGCGUCUGCGCCCUUGACGGACCGGGAGACCGAGACCGGGAGCCGGGGCCCCUGAGUCGGCCGCCCCAAGUACAGGUUCCGAUGGCGGAGGCGGCACAGGGCCUGAUGGUGUUUGAGGAUGUGGCCGUGUACUUCUGCGAGGAAGAGUGGGAUCUCUUGGACGCAGCCCAGAGGGCCUUGUACUGCCACGUGAUGCUGGAGAAUUUCGCACUCGUGGCCUCGCUGGGCCUCUCUGCCUCCCGACCCCGUGUAGUCAUCCAGCUCGAGCGUGGUGAGGAGCCCUGGGUUCUCAGUGGGACGGAUGUGACCCUGGCCAGGAACGCCCAGAGGAGGCCCAGCCCUAGUUCCCAGCAUCUGGCAGAGGACAGAGAUGUUUCCAGAGACCAGGCAUGGCCAAGGACCUUCCAGGAUAGGCUCCCUCCAACGCCUAGUAGUGUCCUCCCCACCACUGCAGCCAGUGCACGCGGGAGACGCCUGGAGGGUCGGCGGGGCACUAGCUCAUCUCAGGAGAGAAAACCCACGGGGGUCUCCGUGAUCUAUUGGGAAAGGCUCAUGCUAGGCCCGGACAGGGGCGAGGCCAGAGUCAGCCUGCGGCUGACCUCCCCGCUGAGAGCUCCCACGGGCAGCGCACCCCCCGAGAAAGCCCUCGUGGACUCCCCCGAGCGCGGCAAGCAGCCACGGGCCUCGGAGCGGCAGAAGCCGUUCCUGCGGGAGGCCCUUGGGAGGACCCUCCCGAGCGACCCAGACCCGGAGGCCGGUCACGCUGGCGGUGAGCGAGGGAUGCGUGCGGCUUGGCAGGCGUCUCGGAGGCUCCCUGCCGGCCAGGGGCCCCCGACCUGGGACGAGCUGGGCGAGGCCCUCCACGCGGGCCCCGGCCUCCUCCCCGCGGAAAAGACCUUCGAGUGCAGGGCGUGCAGCAAAGUGUUCGUGAAGAGCUCGGACCUGCUCAAGCACCUGCGCACGCACACCGGGGAGCGGCCGUACGAGUGCGCGCAGUGCGGCAAGGCCUUCAGCCAGACGUCGCACCUGACGCAGCACCAGCGCAUCCACAGCGGCGAGACGCCGUACGCCUGCCCGGCCUGCGGCAAGGCCUUCCGGCACAGCUCGUCGCUCGUGCGGCACCAGCGCAUCCACACGGCCGAGAAGGGCCGCGCCCUUUGCCGAGCCACACUCCGGGGAAGCCCUGUGCGUGCGCUGCAGUCCCACCUGCAGGUAGCGACCUCCUUCGGGGACGUCCCCGGGCGGCGCCCCGGGCUCAGGCCCGGCUGCCACGACGAAGCCGGCCGAGACCUGAGAGCCCGCUCCGGUAGCGACAAGAUUGGCCACUUCGGCCGCAGGUUCCUCCAGUCCCAAAAGGUCACAGUGCAGAAAGGUCAGGAGGACGGACACGGAGGCUGGGACUUCGGUGAGGCUGAGACGUGGCAGAGCCCGUGGGAGGCCGGCAGGGUGGCGCCACUUGUCCGUAUGGUGACUGGACGUUGGCCUCUUGGCCUGCACCCUGACCCCUCCUUUUCUGCAGGUUCCUCUUGGUGGCUCCAAAAAGACUUCCAGCCAACAAUGCCAUCCUCGCUGGGUCCCCCGCACCUGCCCUCCUUGGACCCCACGGCCACCAUGGAGGAAGCUGAGGCAUCUCGCCUACGCUUCCGGGAGUUCUGCUACCAGCAAGUGGCUGGUCCCCGUGAGGCCCUGACCCAGCUGCGUGAGCUGUGCCGCCAGUGGUUGCGGCCCGAGGUGCACUCCAAGGAGCAGAUGCUGGAGCUGCUGGUGCUGGAGCAGUUCCUGGGCGCGCUGCCCCCUGAGAUCCAGGCCUGGGUGCAGGGGCGGCGGCCAGGCAGCCCUGAGGAGGCUGCAGCCCUGGUCGAAGGCCUGCAGCGUGAUCCUGGGCAGCUGCUGGGCUGGAUCACAGCCCACGUCCUGAAGCAGGUGGUGCUCCCAGCAGCACAGGAGAUAGAGUCGUUGGGGAGCCCCCACUUUUCACGGAUAGUGGAGCCCCUCGGGGAAGCCUCUGGGGAGGGGCCGCACGAUGCCCGGGUGGAAGGGUCUGCCCAGCUCAGCUGCAGCGUGAAAGAGGAGCCUGAUGCUGAUGUGCACGACACGGCACCCUCCAGCCCCCGAAAUCCAGCCCAGCCCCACGAGGGGCACCUUGGACACGGGAAAGUGGACUCCAAGCCCUGCCACCCACCUAGGAUCCAGGAGGAGUGGGGGCUACUGGACCCGUCACAAAAGGAGCUGCACUGGGACGCGAUGCUGGAGAAGUACGGCGCGGGGGUGUCCCUGGCAGGGUUACCGCGCCCCCCGUCGGACCCGCAUGGUGUGUUAGAGCUGAGGGCACCGAAUGAGGGGACCAAGAGCCAAGGAAACCUCCCCCCGGGAGGUGAGAGCAAGAGCCGCCGCAAGGGUCCGCCCGGCUGCCCUGAUGCCCCGCCAUCCUGGGCGAGCCCGUCCGGGGCCACCGCCUCCGUCGCGUCCACUCCGCCGGGUGCUGCGCAGAGCAAGCCCUACAUGUGCGAGCAGUGUGGCCGUGGCUUUGACUGGAAAUCGGUGUUCGUCAUCCACCACCGGACGCACACGGGUGGGCAGGGCGCGCGGGCCCCAGUGCUGGCUGUCGGGGGCACCAAGAAACCGCCGCAGGGUCCCCGAGAGCCGGGUGCUCUGCGCCACCCCCGGCGUGUGCCCCCGGGCCCCAGGGGCUAUGCAUGUGAGGAGUGUGGGCGCAGCUUCAGCUGGAAGUCGCAGCUGGUCAUCCACCGCAAGAGCCACGCUGGCCAGCGGCGCCACUUCUGUGGCAACUGCGGCCGCGGCUUUGACUGGAAGUCCCAGCUGGUCAUCCAUAGAAAGAGCCACGGACCAGAGGCCUCUUGAGCAGCUGGAGAAGGCAGCCUCACUUUGGUGGCCUUGGUGGCCUCAGGCCUGGAUGAAACCCCUGCUCCUGGGCCUCAGUCUGGGAGGUUUGGAGGCAGCAGAGGACACAGAGUGAAUCCAAGUUUCCAGGAGGGUCCCGUCUCCCCUGCAGUCUGUCCCCAGAAGCCACCUCGGUGCAAGAAAAGAAGCUGCUCCCUUCUGCCUCCUUCUGGAGUGAGGCCUGGGUGCGAAUCCACCACUGACCGAGCUCCGAUCUCCCCGCCUGUGACGUGAUGCAGGUUGAUGACUCUCUGUACCCCUAGGACCUCUCUGGCCGCUGGUGGAUGCUCAAAAUCUGCCCCUUCUCACCCUUCCUGAAGCAGCGGGAUCCAGGGUCUCCAUGUAAAAGGUGCAGAAACCCCAGGAGAACACAGCCUGCUUGUUUGCAGGCAGAUGGAAAACUCAUGGCCUUCCACGUGUACUGUAUGUUUUUAACGAAUUCCAUUUUUCUAAAAGGGAAGUUUCUGCCUAAGAAUCCUAAUUCUUGGCUCUUGUUGGUCACAUACGCAGUUACCUUUCUUCCUGCCUGGCAGCUGAUCCACAGAGCAUCGCACCCACGAGAAGAUCCACCAGUCCUGGUCCCUGGCCUACGUUACUCCUGCGCCGCCCGCAUCACUCCCCUGGCCUCGUUGACCUUUGGCCUUUUGAAUCACA